UCUACACACCACGGCCCCAGAUAGUGGAGAUUUCUACACACCACGGCCCCAGAUAGUGGAGAUUUCUACACACCACGGCCCCAGAUAGUGGAGAUUUCUACACACUACGGCCUCAGAUAGUGGAGAUUUCUACACACCACGACCCAACUACACACCACGACCCCAAAUAGUGGAGAUUUCUACACAUCACGACCGUGUGUUGUGGUCUUGUGUUUGGGCGUCAAGCGGUCAACUCUCGAGUGUUGUGGUCGUGUGUUGAGGUCGUGUGUUGUGGUCGUGUAGCGGUCAGCUCGGGCGACAUGAUCGAGUGUGCUCUGAAGUGCGUGCUGUUCUGGCUCCUGGUGGCGACCACUUCUUUGACCGGCAUAGUGGGCAUGACCCUCGUGGUUCUGGGUAUCCUCCUGAGCGCGGACACGAACGCGCAUUUCUCCGACCUCAGUGGGGCCAUGGCCCGGGCCUUGCACCAGAAAAACGUCCACGUAGCCAACCUGGGUCCAGCCGGCCCGCCCAACGUACGGGAACUGCUGGGCCCCACGGGCCGACCGGACCUCCGGGGCUUGCUGGGAUCCGCGGGGACUGCCUCCCUGACGGCGGGCUGCCUCCUGUUGCUCGUGUCGCUGGUCUGCCUCAUGACGUCGUGCCUGAAGCGUCAAGUUCUCUAUAUCGCCUCUCUGGUCCUGGUGGGCGCCUGCUGCCUCGCGCUCGUCGCCGCCUACGCCAAUCAGGACAACAUCAUGGCCCGGCUGAAGCUGAAGCUCAAAGCCCGUCUCAAGACGUAUAGCGGGAUCGGCGAUUUGACUAUGGACGGCCUCACCUUCAACUCCGUCAUGGCCUUCUACAAGUGCUGCGGCCUGGACGACUACAGGGACUUCUCCCAGCUUGAUUACUGGCCGCCCUAUGACCCCCACGGCCGGACGUACAAGACACCCGUGGUGUGCUGCAAGGAGCCAGAAGAAUCCGGAUGUUACCUGGACGGCCUCGCCAGCUCCGCCAACAACUGGAUGCGCGUGGGAUGCUUCCCCAAGGUGCAAGCGUUGCUCCGGGACACACUUCACCUAGACCUCGUCUUUUUCUCCAUCCUCUUCUUCUUCUUGCUUACUGCUGCCGCCUUAGCGUUGCUCAUAAUUUUUUGAAACAUCAAUCAGUAAUGCGUUACUUUUGCUCAAAGUAUCAAUCACUAUUGAGUUACUUUUGCUCACAGUUUUUUUCAGACAUCAAUCAGUAACGCGUUACUUUUGUUCAUAGUUUUUUGAGACAUCAAUCAGUAAUGAGUUUUUUAUAUAUCAAUCACUAAUUAACUACUUUUGCUCAUAGGAUUUUGAGACAUCAGUCAGUAAUG